UGAAAUAUUGAGCGACGGAAUGAUGGCCGACUUGCUUACUGGGAAAUGAAUGUUGGUAGAACUGUGCACCAUCAUGCCGGAGAUCUUGGUUUGAUUCCUGUCAAUUUGUUCGUGAGGAAUGAAUGAAGAUGACUUAAAAAGUUGUGCCAAUUCUUCCAAGGGUCAUAAUAAGGUUUAAACUCACACUUCUGAUUCAGGAUCAAGACUUCUCACUGAAUAAUAACAUAAACUAAUUCCAAUGAAGUGCCACUGAAGGAGAAGCAGAAUGGAUUCAGCCACAGAUAAUUGUGCGAUAUGUUGGGAUGACUUUAAAGAGCCAAAGUUAUUGAAGUGCAGUCAUUCCUUUUGCUGCAAGUGUCUGAGGAACUAUACUCGAAAAAACAGAGGACGUAGUGAGCUGACAUGUCCUCUUUGUCGGCAAGUUUGGGAGAUACCUGACAAAGGUGUUGAUGGUUUCCUGACAAAUUACUUUAUAGCAGAUAUAUAUGUGAAACAAGAAGGAGUUCUUCUGCCAUGUUGCUGCUGCAAAAAGGAACGAGUCCUGAAAACUUGUUCACACUGCAAUCAGACGAUGUGUAGUGAAUGUGCGUUUGACCAUCGUGAAGCACUGCGGCUGUCAGGUGAGGAUCAUCUGACUGUAUUUGACUGUAGAGAUGACAACAUUAUUGAUUCUGACUCUGAUGAAUAUGAGUCUCUAGAGUCUGGACGACGUCAACAGCGGCGCAAUUCAUCAUCAAUGGCUAUACCAUUCUCUUUGUCUAUAGCCUUGCCCCCUAUCAGAACCAACUUUAAGGUAGAACUGUUAACAACAUUUUUUAUAGAGAGUGAGUUUCCUGGCAGCAGUGAGCGUCCAUUCAUUAACUGUAUACAUCCAAUAUCAGAGGAUGAAUGUUGGAUAAUUCCCACAGCUGGACCAGAUUUAGUCCGUUAUAACGCAGAAGGAGAGAGAAAGCAAAUCAUUCACCUUGGAGGUAUAAUUACAUCAGUGGUCUGUCAGCCCGAUGGAAAUUUUUUGAUAUCUCUCUGGGGAGACAGGUCUAUUGUGGCACUGUUGGCAGAUUCCAUGGUCAAGGGGUUCUCAAACACGGGCGACAUCCAUCCUCAUUCUAUAGCUGCCUUCCCAGAUGGACGUGUGGUGUUUUGUGGGCCUUCAUCAAAACCUGCUGAAAAAUCAGACCCAGAAAAGAAUAAAACAACUGUGAAUGAAGGAAGUCUCUCAAUAUUAACUAAGGAGGGCUCUCUGAUUAGGGAAGUUAGAUACUCCAGGAGUCGUCCAAUAUUUGAUAAUCCUGCAGGAGUUGCUGUCAAUCCUGUUCUUGGAUCUAUAGCAGUCGCAGAUAAGGGACGAGGAUGUGUUUUCCUUCUAUCACCAGACGGAGAAAUUCAUUCUCAAUACAAGGGAGCUAACCGCAGGCAUCAUUUCCCAUUUCUUUUAUCUCAGGAAGAUACACAAUUUCUACCACUGAAUCUGUGCUUUGAUCAGGUAGGCAACCUGUACGUACUCGAUGCAUCCUGUAGGCUGAUCCAUGUGCUGAAUCCUCAAGGGCAGUUCCUUGGUAUGAUGGCCCCAGGAGACAUCGAUGAGUUUUCACAUCCCUUCAGUAUAGCUGUAGAUCACAAAGGCAGAAUCUGGAUUGGUGAUGAGACAGACCACUGUGUCAGAAUUUUCCAGACUUGUAAUUAUGUUAAUCAUUUUCUUAGAGACAAUUAAUGAUUACAUUAAACCUUUUUAUGGGAGGAUAUAUUUUUAUAAGUGUUAUUUAAUAUCAAUCUACAGAGUUUAUAUAGAUAUGUGUGAUUUGUAUCAGAGACUUUAUAUUGGUGACACAUCUUUAGUGAUUUAUGUUUUUCACAAUUAGGAAGAAAGUUGACUGGUGUGUACUGUCAUCAUUGUAACAUAAACAGCAAGACACUUAAGUCUGAUUGCUCUGGAUGUCAUGCAAUGGACCAAGUCUACUGUGUUUUUCUCAGUGAGGAAAUCACCAAUAUCAAGAGAUUUGUCCUAGAAAUGAUCCAGGUCAUUCACAGAACAGUGAGUCUAGCGAACAAUACUUUGUGUUAACAUAAUUGAUAGACUUAUGAAAAGCAGAAUGAUUUUGUAGGUCUAUGUGUAUGUGAUAUAUUGAUUGCACAAGUAUCAAUGAUAACAACUCUCCAGAUUUUAUAUUAAAAUUGACGCUGUCA